AUGCUUCUGCUAUGCACAACACCUCCCAGUCGACAAAUUAUUCUCGUCACAUCAGACGCGAAAAACAACGGGGCUUUCAGACCUCAUCCGACCGUUACUGCAUCACCUAACCGACAUCCAAAUCGAAUUACAGUCGAUACAGACUCCCAGAUAAAUACGCGACACUUGCACACCAUGUUGAAAGACAUUCGUUUACCGAGAAUCCAACCCUCAGCAACUGGUGGAGCUCUGGCCUGGUCGGACGAUGGUGAUCUGAGUAUUGCUGCAGGAUCGGACGCGGUCGUUCUCAAUGUCAACGGACCCAUCACUUCGCGUGACGAUGAGAUUGACAGUGUGCGAGACCGAAACUGGGCCCAGUUCCCCGAAACCAACUUCACCAUCAACAAGUCUGACACCAUGGACGCCAUCCCCGUCACAGCUGGGGGCUCCACGUCGAUUCCGGGCAACCAGAUCCAGUACGGCUCCGGUGACCGGCACGUGGCUGAUAUUGCUUGGUCUCCAACAGGCCUCGGAAAGAUGCACGGUUGUCUCAUUGGUCUGCUCAAUACCACCCAUGAGCUGUUCAUCUACGACCACCGAGGCCAGGUGGAGAAGCACUCGUGGACUCUGUGCCACAACGUUGCUGAUGUGCUGUACAAACGCGUCAAAAAGGAGACUGGUGAGACUAACGGAGAAGACCAUCCUACAGUGGUGGAAGAGCCCACCAACGGAGACAGCUCCAUGAUUGACCAUGGCGAAGACACACCCAAGGGCUCACGUGCCGGAACGCCCAGCGUGCCUGGAAUUACCGAGCAGGAAUACACCCGCGAACAGUACUACAGUUUCCAGAUCCACAGCUUUGCAUGGUCGCCAACAAUCGAUAAAAACAAUUACGUCGCUGUGGGAACUGGUCGAGGCGAAAUCAUCGUGUUAUCUGUCGAAGCAAACGAUCUCAAGAUAGUAGCUUCUACUUUUACUCGUGACAGACAGAUUGUCAAACUCGCAUGGGACGCCACUCCAUAUGGAGGUAGUGCUCUGGUAGCUGUAACUGACGCUAACGAGGUCGUGAAGCUUACUUGGGAUAAUGAGAAGCAAGAGCUUGGCGAACCUUCCACCCUCAUCUCUUCUUCCCGAUUUGUGAUUGCUGCUAUGUCUUUUGUAAAUGGAACAGUCGCUGUCUCGCAACCACACAGACUCACUUGGGUGAGCCCAGAAGGAAAAAUUGAAUCACCUCUCUGGGGUGAUUCAAACACGGUGUCAGAUAUCGCUAUUCACGAUGACAAGGUCCUUAUUGUAACAUACAAGGGUGGAGUCGUCUACUGGAACCCUACUUCCAACACCAUGGAGCAACAGGAACAGACCAUGGCUCUGCUGAUGAAGCGUCUCACAACAGCUAAGGAAAACAAUGGAAGUUUGAACGGUGUUACACCAAGUUUCAAUACUCUUGAUUACGAGGCUGUCAUAUCUGGCGCUGCUAUCAGUCCUCAUGGCACAUUCCUUUCCAUCUUCUACGCUGUCACUCCCACCAACGUCCUCAAGUUCCCUAUUCCUUCUACCGUGGUCACACGUGUCGCAUUUGUACCUCUGAUUACUCCCACAUCGCUCUCUCAUGAUGCUGUUCCUUUGAGACCGUCGUCCAUGGCUGCUGGAGAAGCUAUGCAGAGCUCCCAGUGGGAGUUCCAAGUCUGGGGAAGAGUGGCCCAGAAGCUGUUCAAAGAUGAAGAUGGCCAGGCUGGUAUGGUGUUCAAGUCUAAUUAUCUUGAGCAUCUCGCCACUCAGUUCAACCUCUCUCCUUCCCAACAUAUUACCCAACACAUGGCCGAGACCAACGGCACUUUGGAAGAACUUCUGAAUUCCGUCUUCUUGUCAGAUGAGCUUGACAAGGCCAGAUUCUCUGCGUUCUAUGAUCUCACACUGAUCCCAGAGAUGCAGAAACUACUAUUCUCUCUUGUACUCUUCUACGUCAGCAAAAACUGGGAUAGCGUGUCGCCGAAGCUCUCAGGCUAUGACUUUGCCAUUCUCAGUGCUUUCACCGAGAUUGCAGGACAACAGGAACCUCCUAUCCCCCUUACACCUGAGCUGGGCAUGGUAACCGUGAAAACUGAUUUCAUCAGUGAGUCAUUCGAUAUGAAUGCUCAAGCACAGAACCUCGAGGUGGUCGUUUCUACAGAAGGACACACAUGGAAGCGAUGUGCACUCACCCAGCUGCCAAUUCUUAUCCUGGAUCCCCUAACACCAAGCUGGGGUCCAUCCAAGAUUCUCAACUGGAGAAGUUUGGAGCCCUCGACUCUAGGUUAUCUUACCAAGACUCUACUGGCCGUGUUCCCCCUGUGUCCUUACACAGGCACGCGAUACUAUGAGAAUGUCCCUCAGAUUUAUAACGAGUGA